CUGGCAUGCUACGCCUAUGCCAAUGUCUCGAUGGACUCUGUGCUUGCAGGACUCCGUCCUUUGAUAGGAUCGCUCCUUCAGUCCGGCAGUUGGACUGCGAGCAGUGGGGAAGUUCUGAGGCUGACCGAGCCUCUUUACAAUGUUCCGUUGUUGGAUAAGACUUUUGGGGCACUGGUGACCUGUUUUAUGCCAUCUAUCAGUGGAUCCGAUGUUUUGUCACACGCGCAGAUGUCGUUCAUGGCGGACCUUGGUCCGAUCUACGGCAUCUGGCUUCUGGAAAGCGGCCGAAGAGCCCACUCUUGGGUGGAGAUACUUUUGUGAGUGGCCUGGGAUCAGUCCGAUACAGAACCCACUGAUCAUCUGAACUUACAGUCCGAUCACCAUGGGAGCAGCAUUCCAACUGAGAGGGAUCAGAUUGCUCCAAUUUACUACAUAAUCGAGCACCUACGAACACCUUUGAGCAAGCUUGUUCACCGUCGCCAUGAAGUCAGAUCAGAUAUGCUGACGACCUUCCUGCCUACUAUGCUCACGGCAUACUACCUCCCGACGCUCGGGAAUUUUCUUCCUCGGGAAUUACAAAAUUGCCGGUAUUUCAACGCUAUCUGGCAGCUAUUCCCGGUGGUGGUUCCACUCCUCCAAGCUCCUUUUCGUCUUAUGGACAAAGUGGCCUCCGAACCAGUCAAGAAGUUAUCCAAGGAACAAGAAACUGUCGAAGCCAAGCGUAGCUCGAGAAAGACCCUGCGAUACAUUCGUGGCAUUUAUAUGUCCUUUGCCGUCAUUUCAGGGCUCAGUUUUACGUAUGCUCGCCGUUCGCUCCCAGCGGGCUCGUCCAUGGCCGGUGUCAUUCUACCUGGACUAUGGGAUUAUACCUUGCCUGUCGGUAGCUUUGCAGAGGGAAUUGCACGGUUCAUGAAAUAUGAUGAGAGUCUCGUUAUGGCAAGUGGAUUCGUCUGGCUGGGGUUGAAGUAUUGGGAGCUGAAACGGCACGAUACCCGCUGUCGUGGUGGAAGGUGAUUAUGGGAAUGGCAGCCACGACGGCGGCGUUUGGACCGGGGGCUGCAAUGUCGUUGGGCUGGGGACUGCGCGAAAAGAUGCUGGCGAAGAUUGCUGCAUAGGUUUGCAAUGUGUGACUCUUCCUCCUGGACCGAAAAGGUGUCUGUCAGCCUCAGUCCGUCGCUCGUUGUGUCAUAGAUGCGUGGGUGGGUAAGGCUUAUGCAAGUCUCUAGGAUAAAGCUAUAAUAGACCGUUCAAGAAACCCAACCUUGGCAGUUCGGCCCUGUCCGUCUAGUAUCGGAGGGGUA